AUGUUGAGCAAAAUCUUUACCACCGUAAAAUACACAUUAGUAUCAGUGAAUUUCUUAUUCCUGAUAACGGGUAUUAUUGUACUGGCGGUCGGUAGUUCGGUGCAAUCAGCAUACAAUGGAUACCAUCAAUUCUUAUCGGAGAGGUUUUUCUCUCUCCCUGCAUUUUGUGUUGCAACUGGAGUGAUAAUAUUCCUCGUUGCAUUCGCUGGAUUUUAUGGCGCCUUCAUGGAGAGUUAUUAUAUGAUUAUGGCGUUUGCCGGAGCUAUGGUGUUGAUGUUUGUAUUCCAACUAUCAGCCUGCAUCGCUGGAUACGUGCUGAAAGGCAGCACAGUGGCGCUCGUACAGCAACAGCUGUUGAACACCAUGGAUGUGUAUGGUUCAAACCUGGAGGUGACUAAGUUAUGGGAUGAAGUGCAAAAUGACUUCACCUGUUGCGGCGUCCUGAACUCGAGCGACUGGUUACCCCAUCUUCAUACGGAAGAAUCCUUCGGUCUACCCAUCAGUUGCUGCGACCAUGUCUACGGCACCAUUCAAACAUUCAACUGCAACACAACUUUGGCCUAUACCACUGGGUGCUCUGAUGCAUUUGGGAACUGGGUCAAGUCUCACGCUGCGUCUAUUGGAGUGGCAGGGAUUGUUCUUGUAAUUAUGCAGGCCUUAGCUGUGGUUGGAGCGUUAUGGUUGGCGAACAUCACGAGACAAGAAAGACAAUUUCCUUAA